CUCCCCCGUGUGUUUGUGGGUCGACUCGGAAUGCAAAAGAGAGGCUUGCAAUUGCAAGGGGCAAUCCUCCUUCCCCCAGGCGCUUGAAAGGUUAAACCUCUUGAGCCCGGCAGCCUUUCCGAAAUCGGAGAAGGGGGCGGGGACAUCAAUGGGGAAGCCCUCCUUUCUCCUUGGAGGGACUUUUGUUGGGAAUGGCUGCAGGAGAGCCUAGGAAGAAAUUUCCCAUGCCUCUGUCAACAAGACUUUCUCAUCAGCCUUAGGGAAGGGUCAUUGACUUGGGGGAAUGCAAGAGGCAGAGAUUGGGCUUUUUUCCUCCUUAGUGUCUUUUUGGAAAAUCAGUAUUUGGGAAACAAGGCAUUUCUUCCUCAAACUGAUUCCCCAGCGGAUCCUCCUUUCAGUUCUGGGAUUUAAGGGAUAAGAUAAUGGAGCAAAAUUCUGCUGGCCCAGAAAUUGAAAAAGGAACCAGAAAAAAACCCACAAUAGUUCAGCCUGAAGUCAUGGUGGAACGACCUGGAUGGAGAACUCUACAAGAACGUAAAGGGGAGCCGGUCAAGGGACUCUGCCAGCACUGGGAAGGCCAAUGGCAGGAUUUCUUGAAGGAUCUGGAUUCCCGUCAUGCAAGGUGGGGGAAGGAGCCCACGCCCUGGGAUGACACCAAGGCCUUCCUGGCCUCCUUUGAACAAGUGGCCGAAGCCUGCCAGUGGCCCAAGGAAGAGUGGGCGGCACGGCUCCUGCCAGCACUCAGCGGAGAAGCCCAGCGGGCCUUUAGCAGCCUGGAGGUCAGAGACAGGAAGGAUUAUGGGAAAGUGAAGGCAGCCAUCUUGCACAGUGAAGCUGACCGGACAGAAAUGCUACGCCAGCACUUCCGGCAGUUCCGCUUCCAGGAAGUAGAAGACCCACGCCGGAUCUACAGCCAGCUGCAGGAGCUUUGCUGCCGGUGGCUGAGGCCGGAGAGGCACUCGAAGGAGCAGAUCCUGGAGCUGCUGAUCCUGGAGCAGUUCUUGGCCAUCCUGCCGCCGGAGCUGCAGAGCUGGAUCAAGGCCAGUGGUCCCGAGAACUGUACCCAAGCUGCAACCCUGGUGGACGAUUUCCUGCAGCGCCUGCAAGGGGAGGCCAAGAGCAGGAAACAGCAGGACUCAUUGCAGGAGAUGCAUGAGCAUUCCCUGGAUGCAGAGAUGAAAACCCUGGAUCCUGGCCCAAGGCACAUCUACAAAGACGCCAAGCAGAGCAAUGGUGGGCCAAUCGGUUUACCAGGCAGUGGAUUCAAAUGCUCGAGUUCUCCCUGUUCGUUGCUACCGCCGGAAGGAAAGGAAAUGGCUCAAGGUGAACAAGCUGAGGCACCACUGAACCUCAAGGAGACAGGCGUAUCUUCAGAUGUGGCAAAGGAGCCUUUGACACAGCCAAACCAAAGAACCAUAUUUUGGCGUGUCCUGCAGGAGGAUGGUAGGAAUGCAGACACUUUGGAGGAACAUUUUGCACCCAAACCUGAUCACACACCCGAAUCGGAAAAAAAAGAAAGGAUAUUUGUCCAGUACCUGGAGGAAGGAGAGAGAAUGUCAGGCAGAAAUUCAGGUGACCAGAAUAGAAGACCAGCCAAAAUGGAGAAUUCCCUCUGUGGAAGAAAUGAUCCAGAAGUAACUCCUGGGUUGAAUCCAGAGGUGCCCCAGGGGAAUAUCCUGGUGCUGGAUGAGAUCAACAAGGAAACAUCUGUUAAGCAGAAGCUUCAGAACAACGGCUCGAAAGUGAUGUCUGUUGGUCUUCACUCAGCAUCUGGUAUUUGGAGAUUUGCAGGUGUGGAGCCAGCAGCAAAAAUGAGGAUGGACCCAAAUUCUGCAUGCCCACAAGUGGAACAAAGAGAAGCUAUCCAGAUACUUCAGCCCGAAGAUACGGCAGGGCCGCCCACACGGGAAAUAUGGCAGGACGGAAGAGAGUCACUGUGCUGGGAAGACCAAUGGCCAGAUUUCUUGCGGGGAAUGGAUUUCCCUCACAUAAGGCAGGGGAAGGAGCCCGGACCCUGGGAGGAUGCCAAGGCCUUCCUGGCCUCCUUCGAGCAAGUGGCUGAAGCCUGCCAGUGGCCCAGGAAAGAGUGGGCAGCCCGGCUGCUGCCAGCACUCAGCGGAGAAGCCCAGCAGGCUUUUGCACACCUGGAGGCCAGAGACAGGGAGGAUUAUGGGAAAGUGAAGGCAGCCAUCUUGCGCAGUGAAGCCAAACUCACAGAAACCCUGCGCCAGUACUUCCGGCAGUUCCGCUCCUGGGAAGUGAAAGACCCGGGUCGAAUCUACAGCCAGUUGCGGGAGCUUUGCCGUUGGUGGCUGAGGCCAGAGAGGCGCUCGAAGGAGCAGAUCCUGGAGCUGCUGAUCCUGGAGCAGUUCCUGGCCAUCCUGCCGCCGGAGCUGCAGAGCUGGAUCAGGGCAGGCGCUCCUGAGAGUUGUGCCCAAGCUGCCACCCUGGUGGAUAUUUUCCUCCUGACCCAGCAAGCAACUGAAGCGGAGAAACAGCAGGGACCAUCGCAGGAGGGGUGGCUGCGGUCCAGAAGAGCAGAAGAGGAUCUUUUAGGCCCUGCACAGAAAAAGAUUCACAAGGAAGCCAGGCAGAGCAUCCAAGGGGGGAGGAAAUUAUUCGGCAGGGAAACAAAAUGGCAAAAUCACUCCAGUUCACGGCUUCCUCCCGAAAAGCAAGAAACGGCUGGCGUUGGGCAGACUGAGGGACUGACAGAUCUCAAGAAGAAAGGCGUGUCUUCACCCACGGUUGGCAAGGGUCGAAUUCAACCUGGCCAAAACACCAUGUUCUGGCAAGUGCUACCUGGAGACAGCAAGGACGUAGCGUCUUCAGAGAGGGUUUUAGUUCCCAGAUCUGACCUUUCGUCCUCUCCAGGAAAAAAGGAAGUGAUGUUCAUCCACAUCCCAGAGGAAACAAAGAGACUCCCAAGUCAAGAUUUGAGUGAUGAAAAGUUAAGUCAGAUUAAAAAGGAAGAUUUGCAAAUAGAAGAGGCAGGCCCAGAGGAAACUCAAGAGACAACAUUGGAAGUAACUCACUGGAAUAUUCUUGGGAGAUAUGAAACUGAUAAGCAGAGAUGGGAGUCCAGUUGGCAAGAGGAGAAGAAACCAGGAGGGAGGGAGAAUGAAUGCAACCAACACUCCGAAAUAAUAAACAAAAUUAGCCCCAACCACAGAGGGAGAAAGAAGUCCUUGUUUUCCAAGUAUGGGAGAAAAUGUCGUUACAAACCAGGAAUUGUUCUGGUACGUCCUGGCGAGAACCCCUUUGAAUGCCCAACAUUAGGGGAAAGCAGCCAGCAGACAGGAUGUCUUGAUAAGCAUCAGAGAAUCCAUGCAAGUGAGAAUCAAUAUGAAAUCUCCAAGUACGAGAAAGUCGAGGGCAUGACUAGACAUCAGGCUAACCAUGUGGGAGAGAGACCUUAUCAAUGCCCUGAUUGUGGGAGACGCUUCAGUUGCAGGAUAUCAUUAGAGAAUCAUCAAGGCCUUCAUACGGAAGGCAGACCCUAUGAGUGUACUCACUGUGGAAAAUGGUUCAGGCACAGAACAACAUUGGGGAAACAUCAAAAGCUUCAUACAGGAGAAAGAGCACACAAGUGUGUUGUGUGUGGGAAGCUCUUCAUUUCCAAUGCAGCCUUAAGAACACAUCAGAGAAUCCACACAGGAGAGAAACCAUACGAAUGUCCUUCUUGCGAGAGAACCUUCACAACAAAAGGGGAACUAACAAGACACGAGAGAAUCCAUACAGGGGAGAGACCCUUUGAAUGUUCUGAGUGUGGGAAAGGUUUCAUGAGGAGAGAACAUUUGGUGACUCACCAGAGAACCCAUACGCGAAAAACUGUUCAAAUAAGCUAAAUAAAUAAAUGAAGCCACCUCAAGCAGGUGGUCCAGAGAGUCUUAUAUAAAUAAUUCAGGUGUCCCAAAUGUGAGAGAAACUUCUUUGGGUGAAAUGCGUUGAUGUUUCAUUAGAGGAUUCAGAGAAAGAGAGAUUAACUGUUUUUCUGACAGUGGGAGCAAUAUUUGAUCAAACGUGGCAGGUUCAUACAUGGCAGGGAACUUAAGGAUACUCCAAGUAUGGCAAAAAAAAAUCACAGGGGUACAUUGGUUAGCUACCAGAGAAUCCACAUAGGGCAUGAACAAGGUUUAGACUGAAAAUUCUGUUUUCAGCAGAAAAUCUCCUGUAGCAAACAUAUGAACCACCUGAGAAUUCAGCGGCCAGAGAAACAUUAUUGAUGUCCUGAUUAUGUGUUGCUGACAUUGCAAAAAUAUUGGCAGACCCAAUCAAAGAACACAAUGUCUCCCAGGCACUGUAUUCCCCCCUCCCGCCCACCCCCAAUGUUAUCCUGCCACGUAUGUUAUUAGAUGUGUUGUGUGUUUUGGCUGUUUUCUCUUUCAUUUUUCUGUUACAUUAAUUUUUUUAUUUUUAAAUUUGCAUAUUCAUAUUUUGAAAUCUUUGGGGAGACCCACUUCGGAGUUUUGUUUUUUUCCCAGGAAGAAAGAGCUGGAUAAAUGAGUUAUGCUUAUAGCCAAACUGAGUGAAUAUAUAAAGAAUAAUAAAUAUCCCGAUUUCUUCU